GAUGACGCAAGCAGCCGUUUUGAUCCAGAGUCGUUUUCGAAGUUACCAUGAGUACAAGCAGUUCAAAAGAAGUCGACAGGCAGCCAUGUUGAUUCAGAAUCGAUAUCGAAGCUAUCGUGAACAUGAGAGAUUUAAGAAAAGUCGAGAUGCUGCAAUGCUAUCACAUCCUCAGUCACAAAGUAAAAGACUGUCUGAUUCUAAAUCCAGAGAACAAAUAGCUGCAAGGCGUAUACAGAGAUUCUUGAAACAAAAUAGACACCGACUGAAAAACAUUGAAAGAAGUUGUGCCGAUGCAAGUUGGCUCCCCUCUCUGGCUAGCUGUGUACCCUCUUCAGAUCCAAGGAAUCCUACCUUCCACUGAGCAGAUGGAAACCAGACAGAAAAGAAAAAAUAUUUAAAAUGAAAGAUGGAUAUUUAUAAUCUACUUACCUUAUGUUCUUAGUAC